CUAAAUUCGGAAGUUGCUUUUUUCAAAUUUAAAGUAUCCAUCAGUAUGUACAAUAUAAUUUUUUUGUGGUUAAGUUUACUUCUUCAAAUAUCAUUUUCAUAUGUUAUUUUACCGCCAAAUCAAAACCCAGUACGACAUUUUUGUGUAAUUGAAUGUAAUUCGUAUUUGUACUCUUUUAUAAUUCUGUUCAGUAACAUUACUUAAUUAUUAAUAGCAAUGGAUGAAAAUAGCGUAAGUGUACCACGAGCUAAGAGGCAAAAAAAGGAUAAAUUGGGUAAAAAUGCGGCCUUUGAGAAAUUGCGACAGUUAAAGGGUUCAAAGAAUAAAUAUGAAAUAAAUGAUGUGGACAGCAUUUAUGAAGUAGUUGAUGAAAAUGAAUAUUCAAAGCGGGUGUUAGAGAGACAGUGUGAUGAUUGGAUUGUAGAUGAUAACGGGAGUGGAUAUUAUGAAGAUGGAAGAGAGGUUUUUGAUGAUGAUUUGGAUUCAGAGUCUAUUGCAGCCGCUUCCAAGGAGAAAGGGAAAGGCAAGAAAAAGAAAGCAGUAUCUGACAUAUCCACUCCAAAAGGAAAUUUACAAUAUAUGCUUUCUACUAUGCAAACUAAAAAGAAAGAGGAUAAAAAACUAAAUGAAGACCAUUUACUGAAAGAAUUAAUAUUAGAGUUGGAUAAUGAUGAACUUUCUAAUGGCAACAGUUCAGUUCUACCCAAAACUUCUGUUGAAAAGUCUAAACCCCAUUAUACCUUUACUUCUUCAGCUAAAAAACAAGCUGCAAAAGAGUACAUAAAAAGUUUUGAUGUUUCUUCUUCUGCAUCCGACGAUAAAGAAAAAUUAAAUGUCACCAAAAAACCAUCAGAAAUAAUUUUCAAAGAAAUUCAACAUGCCUUGCAACCUGAAGUUAAUUCAUCUGAUGUUUUGAGAAAAGAAGAUAAUGGAAAUAAAAAAUGUGUAGGAGACAAUAAAAUUAAAGAGUGUAAAGAUGUAGAAAAUACAGAAAAUGAAGUAGAUAAAAUACUCGGUCAAACUAUUAAUGAUAAUCAAACUCAAAAUAAUGAUAAUACAAAAGAAAUAUUAAAUGAAAGUAAGACAAUUUUUGAUUCCAAUAAUCAAGAAAGUUUAUUGGAUGAUGAUUUUGAUUUGACUCAAAUUGAAGAUAAUGAAUUUAACGAAAAUGAAACAUUUAAUGACCCUUUUAUGGAUCAUAUAGAUCAUCUAGUUAAUGAGUAUGAAACAAUGCAAGAAAAUGGUUGCAAUAAUGCUAAAAUGGAGGUAGAUGUUGAUAUUUCAAAGUUACCACUUGUUUUAAAUGAAGAUGGUAUAAAGGUUUUUCGCUUUUACUGGUGGGAUGCUUUUGAAGAUCAAAACAACAAACCUGGAUUUGUGUUGUUAUUUGGAAAAGUUUAUAAUGAAGAAUCGUCUUCUUAUAUUAGUUGCUGCGUUGUUGUAAGGAAUAUAGAUAGAAAAAUUUAUUUACUACCACGGCCACAGCACAAGGAAACCCAAAAACCAGUUACUCUCAUUGAUGUUUACAACGAGUUUAAUGAUACAAUUUCUAAUGAACUAAAUCUAGAUACUUUCAAAUCGAAAAAAACAACUAAAAGUUACUGCUUUGAUCCUGAAGUACCAGUUGAGUCUGAAUAUUUAGAAGUGCGAUAUUCGGCUAAAUAUCCAGCAGUCGAUCCUAAAAGAAGUGGUGAAACCUUUUCGCGAGUAUUUGGUACAAAAAGCAGUUUCCUAGAAAUAUUUUUGUUAGAACGUAAAAUCAAAGGUCCUUGUUGGCUUGACGUGACCAAUCCAGAAUCAGUUUCCAACCCUAUGAGUUGGUGUAAAUUUGAAGUGAAUUGCAAUAAGGUGUCUGAUAUUUCUGUAGUAAAAAACUCCAACAAUCUCCCUCCUCCUCCGCUUGUUGUAGCUGCUAUAAAUGUGAAGACAGUGGUGAAUCCGAAAUAUCUUCGCAACGAGAUAGUGAUGAUUUCUUGCCUUGUUAAUGAUAAAUAUUAUGUGGACAAACAGGCUCCAAAAAUACCUUUUCAAAAGCAUUUCUGUGUGUUAACUCGUCCUGGAGAUCGAAUGUUUCCCAUCGAUUUUCACGAGAGUGUGCAAAACUAUAAAGCCACCAAAGUACAAAAAACGGACUCGGAACGUUCUUUAAUAAAUUAUUUCAUCAAUCAAUUCUCAAAAUUAGAUCCUGAUCUUAUUGUUGGACAUGAUUUGUUAGGUUACCAAAUACCGGUUCUCUGCCAACGUCUCGUAGAGCAUAAAGUGAAUACUUUCAGUAAAUUUAGCCGAAUAAAAAGAAGUAUAAUGCCAUAUAAACAAAAAAAUGAGCAGCUGUUGUUUACAGGGCGCUUAGUUUGCGACAUUAAAGUUUCAGCAAAGGAAUUAAUAAAGUCGAGAUCUUUUGAUCUUCAAACGUUGUGCCAGAAUGUUUUGAAGAUAACUGAAAAUCAAAGGGUUGAAAUCGACCCUGAAGAUAUUCCAAAGUGUUAUCAAGAUUCUACAAGUUUACUAAAAUUAGUUUCCUUUACAAUGCAAGAUACAUUAUUUGUUUUAAAGAUAAUGUACGAAUUAAAUGUUAUACCACUUGCCCUUCAAAUUACCAAUAUAGCUGGGAAUGUUAUGUCACGCACUUUGAUGGGCGGUAGAUCUGAAAGAAACGAAUUUUUAUUAUUGCAUGCUUUUUACGAAAAAGAUUAUAUUGUACCUGACAAAUACGCCUUCAAGAAAAACAAAGACGAAAUAGACAACGCAUCUUCUCGAAAAAAGCCGACAUACUCCGGUGGCCUUGUAUUGGAUCCUAAAGUAGGUUUUUAUGACAGACUGAUUCUGUUAAUGGAUUUUAACUCAUUAUAUCCCAGCAUUAUUCAAGAAUACAACAUUUGUUUCACAACCAUAGCUGACACACAAGGUGAAGAUGUAGUUUUACCGGACAAAAGUUUACCACCAGGAAUAUUACCAACUGAAAUUCGAAAACUCGUAGAAAGUCGUAGAGCAGUCAAAAAACUUAUGAACAAUUUAGAAAUUUCGAACGAUUUAAGAAUGCAGUACAACAUUCGUCAGAUGGCUUUAAAAUUAACAGCUAAUAGUAUGUAUGGUUGUUUAGGAUUUUCAAAUUCACGAUUUUUCGCCAAACAUUUAGCAGCUUUGGUAACGUACAAAGGAAGAGAAAUUCUUACAAGUACAAGAGAUCUGGUCCAAAAAAUGGCACAUGAAGUGAUUUAUGGUGAUACAGACAGUAUAAUGAUUAAUACCAAUUGUUUAGAUUACGACCAGGUUAUGCAAAUCGGUCUUAAAAUAAAGCAAGAAGUGAACAAACUUUAUCGUCAAGUAGAAUUAGAUAUAGACGGGGUUUUCAAAUAUCUCCUGUUACUCAAAAAGAAAAAAUAUGCGGCAGUCAUUGUAACAAAAUCAAAAUCAGGACAGCUUGUGACAACACAGGAGCACAAAGGAUUGGAUUUAGUUCGAAGAGAUUGGUCACAAUUGGCUGCAGAGGCUGGUAAAUUUAUUCUCAAUUGCAUUUUCAGGGACCACAGUCUUGACGAGCGAAUUGAAAAUAUUCAAGCACACUUAAGAAAACUUAGAGAAGAUUUAGAAAACGGUAAGGUGCCUUUGUCGCUUUUAAUUAUCACGAAGCAACUUACUAAAGAUCCAGAAACGUACGCUGGGAAUUUGCAACUGCCACACGUUCAAGUGGCUCUCAGACAUAAUGAGAAAGGUGGUAAACUGCUAAAAGCAGGAGACACUGUGCCUUAUGUGAUUUGUGAGGAUGGUACGAAGAACUCUCACGUACAAAGAGCGUACCACGUAGAUGAAUUGAAGAAUUCUGAAGACCUAAAGAUCGACGUUAAAUAUUACCUCGCACAACAAAUUCACCCUGUAGUAACUCGUCUUUGUGAACCAAUGGAAGGGAUUGAUGCUUAUGAAGUGGCAAAUUGUUUAGGUCUCGAUAAUACUGCAUUUAAAAAACCCAAAGACAAUAAUCAAAUAUCCGUUGGCGACAAUCUACGGAGUAAAGAAAUUGUUUUCAGAAACGUUGAUUUCUUGACAUUUAAAUGUAUGUCAUGCAAAACGGUAAAUGUGGUUAAUGAUGUAAAUAAAGACACCUUUUUUGAGAAAUGUUUAAAUCUCAAUUGCUCUGUUCGCCCAAUUGAGUAUCUAACGUCUGUUCAAAAUCAACUAAUUCUAAGUAUUCGAAGAUACAUAGCCAAGUAUUAUGAAAAUGAAUUUAUAUGCGAAGAUCCUGCUUGCCCUAAUGAAACAGAUGAUAUUCCAUUGAAGUUCGUUGGCAAAUAUCCUAUUUGCUUACUUUGUAGAAGAGGAGUAAUGUAUAAGAAAUAUUCUGAAAAAGAUUUGUAUACGCAGUUGUUGUACUACAAACAUUUAUUCGAUUUAAAUAAACAUGAGAAAAGGAAACAUUUGGAAUCAAAUAUAGAAAAUGGUUUUCGUAUUCUUCACGAAACAGUAAAGAAAUAUAUGAAGCUAUCUAGCUAUUCAACCGUCAAUUUGACUGAUUUUUUCCAUAUAUUUUCAACUUCAAGUAAUUCAAAUAAAACGAAAGACAUUGUAAUUGAUGAAGAAUUUAUGGUUUCCGAAGGUGAAGAUGUUUAUUAGCUGUUUUCUGCAUUUUUUACGCUUUAACUAUUUAUCACUUGUAUUUUAAAAUAUUUACCGUUUUAUUCUUAUUACCCCAUUUUUAAUAAAAUUUAUA